GCCUCAGCCCGGGGGCAAUGGCUGAUCGGAAGUUAAGCAACGUGCGGAUCAGGUUUGUGGAGAGUGUGAGCAAGGCUGUGAUCAGCACCCUCCUGGAUGACCUGCAGGAGAGACAGGUGCUGAACGAGGAGGAAGUGGAGGAGGUGAGGGAGAGCUGCAGUAAGAAGAGUGACCAAGCCAGGUGUCUGAUUGAUGCGGUGAGGAAAAAGGGUGCCAGAGCCAGCGAAAUAUUCAUCGAGCGCCUCUGCUUCAGAGAUGUCCACCUGGCCACAGAGCUGGGGCUCAGACCCCUGUCGGGGUCUGCUGCAGAAACCCAACCAGCGCCAUCUCAGGAAUGGAUCUGGCCCUGCCCCCAGGAAUUCAUCCAGCGGAUCCAGAAGGAAGAAGCAAAGGAGAUCUAUUCCAUCCGGGACAAGGCAACGCGAACCCGCCUGGCCCUCAUCAUCUGUAAUGUUGAGUUUGACCAUCUCCGCAGGAGGAACGGGGCUGACGUGGACAUGAAUGGGAUGAAGAGGCUUCUAGAAGGGCUGGGAUACAAGGUGGAAAUCCACUGCAACUUAAACGCCCAGGCCAUGGUGGAGACCCUGAAACAGUUUGCUGCUCGGAACGAGCACUGGACCUCAGAUAGCACCUUCCUUGUGCUCAUGUCUCAUGGCAUCAGGGCUGGCCUGUGCGGGACAAAUUACCAAGACGAGUCCACAGACAUCCUUCCCAUUGAUACCAUCUACAGCACCUUCAACAACAGGAACUGCCAGGCACUGCUGGAAAAACCCAAAGUGAUCAUCAUUCAGGCCUGCCGUGGGGAGAACCACGGACAGGUGUGGGUGAGUGACUCUGCAGAGCUCCCGGGAGAUGGCUCCAGCCUCAUUCCGCUGCCCCCUGAAGGGUUAGAAGAUGAUGCAAGUCACCAAAUACACGUGGAGAGCGAUUUCAUCUGUUUCCAAGCUACAACGCCAGACACUUUGUCCUGGAGAUCUCCGAAAACUGGCUCUGUCUUCAUCACCCGCCUGAUAGAGCAGCUCCGAACCAAUGCCUGCCGCUUCCCCUUGGAAGAGAUCUUCCGAAAGAUAAGACAGAGCACGUCCCAUGGGAGCCCUGCCACAGUCAGCGUCGGCAUCUUCCUGAAGGGCAGCGUCUGCACAUUCAACAAUGGCACAAAGCUCAAGGUCUCUCCUCCGGCUGCCUGCACACUCUCCACCUGUAGCUUUCCUCUGAACUGCCAGAAGUGCCUUCAGCUUCUCACCAGCCCCUUCCCCUGGGGAAGUGCCUUCUCUUUGUGACAGGACAACCGCAGCAUCAGCCUGAAGCUCCUGCUGCCACAUCUCUAUAAAAUGGCUUUUCCUAGCGAGAGACAGCAGCACCCCCCAGCUAUCUAGAUCCUAUAGCACUGACAUCCCAGAUGGCCCCAUCCCUGAGAUCCAGUACGCACUCUGAUCAUUCCCUCCGGUAGCCAGACUUUGAGUCCCCAGGACAGUCAGACAAGUCAGUCUCAGCCGCAUCCUUCUUGGUAAAAAGCUGAAGUCUCCCAUUAGGGAUAUCAACACCAGGGGCGUCUUCACUGUAGUUAGCCCAGGCUCUUGUCCCCUCCCCUCCACAUAUAAAACCCUCUCUCCUGGGCUUUCCAACCAUGCUAGCUGCCCCAGCUGAACCAGUGGGUUCGAGCAUGGUGCUGCUUGCAUUGGGGCUGGGAGCCUACCCACUUUGCCGCGAGGAUGCAGGCUAAAUCACUCGAGUGCUCACUGUCCACAUCUGCCUUUCCACAAUCCGCCCCAGGUGCCCAGGACAGGCAUGUUCCACAAAUGCACUGGGAAAGAGUCAUACAGCGGCUCACCUUGCAGCAGCACAAAGAACCAUGGGCUAUGCCUCAAACGUGCUAGUGACCCACAGGGGAGCGCAGCACCAGUGGGGAUGCAGUAACUCGGGCAGGGCUUUGCAGUGUGGCUGCUCACAGCUAGGCUAGACUAACACAGUGCUCACACCUGGUGCUGAUCACAUGGGCUAAUUCUGCUGAACUCUGGGGGGAACAUGGAGUGUAGCCAGCAGCAGCUGUCUCCUCUCGCUAUCAGCAAUUCACAGAGCCCCUGGAAUAGAAGGGGCCUGUGUCCGUUCCCCUUACAGCGAGGCUGGGUUAACUGAGCUCACUCCAAGUCAUCCCCAUUAGAUGGCAGCCAGACUGAGCCUUGAAUAGGUGCAAUGGUGAUUUCCCAACCUCACUGAGCUGUUCGCUACCUUGUUCUCAUUCUCCAUAAUUUUAGGGCCACAUUCUGCCCAGUGUCAACUCCAGACUUCAGAGUGCCGAGGCUGCAAGUGGUCCAUGACAUUUGGCUUAGUGCUUAACCCACAUUUCUUUAUUAAAACCUAAGCCCAUUACUGCUGUCCUUGGCACCAGUGCUAAGAACAGAUCCCUCUCCCUCUAGAGCAGCCCUUUUUGUCCUUAAUGAUGAGCGAGAGACACCCGUCUACACCACUGCAAGGCAAGAACAUCAUAAAGGGAGCAGGGUUCUUUGGCAUGACACAUGGGGGGUAGAACUAGGACUAAUGGGGUGAAGCGAUGAAAGGAGAAUUUAGCUUUGUUGCUUUCUGGACUGAAUCAACUGCAUUGCUGUGUCCUCCUCAGCAGCCUCCCACCACUUCAGAGCUGCACUGGGGAUUGCAGUGGGUGUGAGCUGGCAGAGCUCUGAGAAGCUGCUGUCUCUUGUCUGCAUCACAGGGGAAAGGGAGAAGGGAGUGCUAGGUGCUCCAUCACCGGCAUCCCUGCUGGGCUGUAAUAAAUAAGCAGUGGUAGGAGUGACAUUGUGAUAUCUAAAAAUAACCCACUGCUGGCGGCAGGGGCAGAACUCAGCUGACUCUGCCUGAGGCUAGAGCAAUGCCUGUUAAAAGAUGGCUCCCCUCUCCUACAGGGAUAGCCCAGGUGAGGGAAAGCGCAGGGGAAGCCAAGAACUAGUUACAGCUCUCCCAGUCUCUGCCCCAGUCCUGGCACAGAACUGUCUGGGAGAUGCUGCUCUAACUUAUGCCAGCUGGCAACAGUCCCCAAGGGACCAUACACCAACUGGGGACAGCCAGAGUGUAGAACACUCCAGCCACUUCCAUCUCACCCGAGAGCACCCCUUUCCACCAGUGGUGUAAGAGUUGGCUAUAAAGCUAUACACCAGUGCUGGGGGCUUCUCCCACACCAGUAGCAUUCCCAGCAGGGGUUGGGAGUGGUUUCCUUUCCUUUGCUCCACAUCAGAAGAGGGAAGGGAGGGGACAAAGCAGAGAAUCUUCCUUAAAGUAUUGAUUGUGGCUGCCUGAUCUUUCUGACAUAACGUUUGGCACUAGAGCUACAAAGGACAGACACCAAUUACUCCUGAGGGCAUUUUGCACCAAAAAAUAAAAUAAAAAUUCUGCUCCAAAAAA